UGUCUCAUGCCGAGUUAAACAGGGCAACAGGCUCCAUAAAACCCACAAAAUUUCAUCAUCGAUUGCCUCUGUUCUUGCCUUCUUCCUGCACUCGAUGGAGUUGAGUGUGCCCCACACUUGUUUUGUAAACCGCAAUCCAUCAUUUUCCUCUUCUCCGCUCCUCAAAUCUAGGUUACUUCUUGUCCCCACAUCUAACCAAAUCAAGAAUCCACUCGUUUCCUUCACUCAACGAAAUAGGUUCAACUCAAUGGAGUCGCAGAGAACAACAAUAUGCAGCGCCUCUUCUCUCGUCAAGGACCAUGGCUCUGCGACAACCACUGAUUCUCCUAUGGAUACUGAUCGAAUUGGGUCGGUAAAAAGGGUUACGAAUGAAACGAAUGUGGCGGUGAAAUUAAACUUGGAUGGUGUUGGUUCACCUGAUAGCAGCACUGGAAUUCCCUUUCUUGAUCACAUGUUAGAUCAACUUGCUUCCCAUGGAUUAUUUGAUGUGCAUGUGAAAGCUGUUGGUGAUACUCACAUUGAUGAUCAUCAUACUAAUGAAGAUGUUGCCCUUGCCAUUGGAACGGCUUUGCUUAAUGCACUUGGUGAUAGGAAAGGAAUUAACAGAUUUGGUGACUUCACAGCUCCACUUGAUGAGGCACUUGUACAUGUUUCUCUGGAUUUAUCUGGAAGACCACAUUUAAGUUAUGACUUACAGAUUCCUACUGAGAGAGUUGGAACAUAUGACACACAGCUUGUGGAGCACUUUUUCCAGUCUUUGGUCAAUACAUCUGGAAUGACACUUCACAUCCGCCAGCUUGCUGGAAAAAAUUCUCACCAUAUCAUCGAGGCAACAUUCAAGGCAUUUGCAAGGGCUCUUAGACAAGCAACCGAAUACGACCCAAGACGCCGUGGGACUGUGCCCAGCUCAAAAGGGGUGUUGUCUCGUUCCUGAAGAGCUUUGAAAGGAAAUAGUAACAAACAAUUGUGGAUGUUAUACUAUUAUAUCAAUCAGAUAGAUGAAGGCAUCAAUGUUGGAGGCAACAGGGAGGUAUAAUUUAUAAGAGAGACUCAAAGAUCUUGUAUUCUGCAUGAUUUUUGAGUUUAUGGACUCGUAUUUCUUCCAUGAAAUUUCCAAUAAUUCUCAUUUUGUAAUGUGUUAUACUAUCCAUCAUGUUGAGUCUAAUUGAUUCAGGGUUUUUGUUUGCUAUUAUUAUAUAAUAAGGUAGUUGUAUGGGACUUUCAUUUUGCAA